AUGAGAAUCUUCAUUACUCCUUCUCACGACGAAGCCACAAUAUCGCAGCAAGAAUCUGUGGAAGUGGCCGAUGACGAUGUCGUGCUACCGCUGCAUGCCCAAGAUGAGUUGCGUCCGUACGGGGUGGAUCAUCGCUCCAGCAGCAGCGCUAGCCUCAACGAAGAGAGCUCAAUGACGGAAACAACAACAACUGCUACUAGUGGCAAGAAGAUUAAUGUCCAGCUGAUCCACAAAGAGUCUUCUGAUGACGACGAUGAAAUUGAAACUGGCGACAGUGUCAUGGAGGAUGAAGAAACUUCUUCGGACACCAACAGCACCCACAACAGAGGACCCCAUGAGAUGCCGUCGUCUCACCACAGUUUACCCUCUCCGGAGGAAAUGGGGAUGAGUCGAGGGAAAAGCAGACUGAUGCGACCACCCAUGGCCGUAGUAGACGAGAACGAACGAGAAGUAGAAGUGGAAUACAAGGGUGGAGUGUUGUAUCCCAAUAAGCGUCGUCGACUCUACGUUAUCGGUGGUUCCUGUUUGUUACUGAUGAUUCUUGCCAUUAUCAUUGGAGCAGUAGUGGGAACACAAAAAAAUAAGAACGAUCAUGAUCCAUCCACCACCACGGAAGGCAAUAAGGUGAUCAUUGACCCCGACAAUCCCAAUAGAUUCCCACCCACUCCAGCUCCCAUUCCCAACAACAACAACAACAAUGAUGACGAUAUUUCAUCGGGAGGCUCUUCGGACAAUGCAAACGACGAUGGAUUCCCGCCAGCCUUCAAACCAGGAUCCGAUCCUGAUCUCACCGACUAUUGUCCACAAAGCUUGGAGCUCAGAGGAGUCGUCAUUUCCGACUUUAACCAAUCCGUUGUCUUGUAUGGAGAGACCGACAAUGCCACUUUGAUUGGAAUCAACAAUAAUCCCAAUGCCACGACAGAAGCAAAACACGCGCUUCCUAUUUGUGGUGAAUCAGAACAACUGGGCUAUGGCAGGGGAAUUUGGUAUGUGGUCAAAGGACCAGGAGCUGUUGUCAGAGCAUCCACAUGUCAAGGGCUGGGACUGUUGUGGGGGGAUACAGGAGGGAAUACUGCUCCUGUCCUGGAUACACAACUGACUGUAUUUACCAGCCAAACUCCAACCUGUGCGGAUGGAUUGACGUGUGUCACGCACAAUGAUGAUGCUUCUUGUGCGCCACAGAGUCUCGUCUCGUGGUAUGCCGAAAAAGACAGAAUCUACUAUAUUUAUGUCAGUGGCAAACCCAUCACGGCCGGCACACUCGAGGCGGCUGCAGCAGCAGCUGUCAUUGAAGAAGCAUUGGAAGAAGACACGCCUGCACUCGUGAACCGCGGGGCAGACGAACCACUGAUCUAUCCCACCGGCUCAUUCAUGUUGACAUUGUCAUUGGCGCCCACUGGAACCUGCGAUGCCGCCAUUGAUUACAAAGGGGAAGCCGAAACCAUUUCUCUCGAAAUCCUGGACCCGGAACAACAGAAAGGCGUGAUUCGAUCAUCGCCCUUGAUUGUCGGAUCGCUGCUGGGAGCCGCAUUCGGUUUGGAUCCUUGCGUCCCUGGGGAAUGGCUUGGGCGAGGUGGAGAAAUCUGGUACAAAGUAAUGGGCACGGGACGAUGGUUGAUGGCAUCCACAUGUUCGAGUUCCUCGGUCAAUGAGUUCUCAGCUCGUCUUGCAUUGUACCAAGGGAACUGUGACCAGCUGGACUGUGGAGUGGCCAAGGCAAGCGAAGUGGCCCCCUCGGUGGAUCGGGAUUGUGGCUUUGGAUAUUCUCUCAACUGGUGGUCGCAGCGCGGUGUCGAGUACUACAUUAUGGUUUACAAGACCAAUUUCCUACCUGGGAUCCAGUUUGGAUUGACCGUCGAGGAUUUGGAUCCGCCAGUCAAUGAUAAUUGUACGGGAGCCGCACGGUUGUACCCGGAUGGUUAUGUUACGUUUGGGUCCACGCUGCGAGCGACCUACACAGAAGACCAACUAGCACCGACAUGCAUGAACAAUGACGUCGGCGUGAACACUGAUGUUAUGCACACUCAUCCAGGCGUGUGGUAUCGAGUAGUUGGUACUGGGACUCGAUUGACUGCGUCGCUCUGCCAUGAUAAAACCAAGUAUGAUACCAAGAUCAGUGUCUUUGAAGGCAGUUGUGGGAAUCUACGAUGUGUCAUUGCCAACGAUCAGUGGUGUGGGUAUCAGAGUUCCGUGGAUUGGGAAUCGGUAGCGGAUACCAUGUACUACAUUCUGGUCCAUGGUUCAACAGGUGGAACAUCGCCCAGCAUGGGCGAUUUCGGUCUGGCUGUCUACGAGUUCAAGGCCAGCGUCAAUGACCUUUGCACCGAUGCAAUCAUGCUGCAACAUGGCUCCGUAACUGCAGGUUCGACUACAACUGCAAGUGCCGAUGAUUAUGUAGAUUCCUGCGACAGAACUGGAGUCUCAAGCAACCAAUCCCCCGGUGUGUGGUAUAAGGUGGUUGGGACUGGGGCAGGAAUGCGAGCUUCUACGUGCGGUCCAGAGACAACCUUUGAUACGCGGUUGUCGAUUUACAUUGGAGAAGAUUGUCAACAGCUGAAGUGCUUGCUCAGCGAUGAUAACGGCUGUGGUUUCCAAAGCUCCGCAUACUGGCAUGCAAACGAAGGUGAAACCUAUUACAUUCUUGUUACCGGCAAUCUCUUUUCUAGUUUUGGAGACUUCUUGCUGCGCAUUGAAGAUUAUCGGACAAACACAAUCAACGAUUUUUGCGCCAACGCCAUUGCGGCCUCAACAACUACAGUCAAUCUUGGUUCCACCAAGAAUGCAACAUUUGAUGGUGUGGAGACGUGUGUUGUAACCAACACCGCCCCUGGCAUUUGGUACACAGUGCAAGGAUCUGGGACCGGAAUGGUUGCCAGCACUUGUCACAUGCUGACAGACUUCGACACACGUAUCUCCGUUUUCAGAGGGAGCGAUUGUGAACAACUGGAGUGCGUCGCUGGAAACGACGACAGCCACCAAUCUGUCGAGUGUGGCUCGUCGGCUGCUAGCCGUGUUUCCUGGUUGUCGAACCCAGAGGAGGAGUAUAAGAUUUUGGUCCACGGCUGGGGAGCUUUGGUUGGAACCUUUGGGCUGACAAUCGAGGAAGUUGUGCCGGUUGUGCCCAAUGAUUUCUGCAUCACGUCAACUCCGGUGGACGUGUCUAUUGGCAACGCCACAACAACACUGGCAGCAACUGGUGUCACUGUUGAUGCUACGGUGGAUAAUGUACCCACCUGUGGAGACGUGGACGCGAAUGGGCAGGGUGUUUGGUAUCGAUCCGUUGGAACUGGCAGCAGACUAGCUGCUUCCACAUGCAACGAAGUGCUGGAUGACCGAGAUUCCAGCCACAUCUCCCCCAGCACACUCACACCGGGUGUUGUGACUGACUUUGAUACACAAAUCUCUGUGUUCCGAGGCGGAUGCCGCGCCUUGGAGUGCAUCGGAGCCAACAACGACCGCUGUGGACUUCAGAGUUCCGUCAAUUUCUACGUAGACGAAGGAGAGGAAUUCUUUGUGUUGGUCCAUGGAGCAUUCGAUAGCAUGGGCAGUUUUGGCUUGGUGAUUGAAGAGAUUUUCCCGCAAGUUCCGAAUGACUUUUGUGACGUUGCCGCGCCGUUGGCCAUUGCCUAUGGUGGGGCGACCAAUUACGUGAUCGGGUCGACCGCAGAGGCUUCCUAUGAUACUGUCGAGGAAUGCAUUGUUCCAAAUACCUCACCAGGCGUCUGGUACCGCACAACUGGAACUGGAAAGCAUAUUACCGUGACCACUUGUAGUGACCAAACAACCUUUGACACUAGACUCUCCAUUUACACUGGAAGCUGUCAGCUGCCAGAGUGUGUCACUGGAAACGACGACACAAGUCGAGACCGGGAGAGUUGCGGUCUUGCCAGUACAGCGUCAUUUCCAACUGUCCAAGGGCAAAUUUACUACAUCAGGGUGCAUGGCUGGGGAUCGUUGGUUGGAACGUUUCAGCUCUCAAUCACCGAAUUUGAGGAGCCGCCAAUGCCAUAA